AUGGCCGAUGCUCUGAAGGCCGAGGGCAACAAGGCCUUUGCGGCCAAAGACUUUCAGACUGCCGUUGACAAAUUCUCUCAAGCUAUUGAACUCGAUCCCACAAACCAUGUCCUUUACUCCAACCGCUCCGGUGCAUAUGCCUCCCUCAAAGAAUACCAGAAAGCCCUCGACGAUGCGAACAAGACCACAGAACUUAAGCCCGACUGGGCAAAAGGCUGGGGUCGGAAAGGAGCCGCUCAGCACGGUCUUGGUGACCUCGUCGGGGCAAAAGAUGCUUUCGAAGAAGCCCUCAAGCUCGAACCUUCAAACACGCAGGCCCGGCAAGGCCUCGAUGCUGUCAACAGAGCCAUCGAGGCAGAGGCACGUGCAGACGGUGCUGAUUUGGGUGGUCUGGGAAACAUAUUCAAUGACCCUCAACUCAUCCAGAAGCUCGCGAGUAACCCAAAAACGUCGAAAUACCUCGCGGAUCCCCAAUUCAUGGCCAAGCUGCAGCGACUGGCCAAGAACCCUCAAGAGAUGGGCCAGGAACUCGCCGAUCCAAGGUUUCUCGAGGUCAUGGGUGUGAUGCUGGGCAUCGAUAUGCAGAUGGGUAUGCCGCCGGAAGGUGGCCCCUCUGGUGCGCAGAGAGCCACGGAAGAGGCAGAAGAUGUCCCCAUGCCAGAUGCUCGACCUCAAUCCAAUCCUCCGCCGCAAGCCGAAAAAAAGGCACCGGAACCUGAACCUGAACCUGAACCGGAAGACGAAGAGGCCAUCGCAGCCAAGAAGGCCAAAGAAGAAGCCGAAAACGAAAAGAAACUGGGGACAGAAAGCUACAAGAAGCGAAAAUUCGACGAAGCUAUUGAGCACUACUCAAAAGCCUGGGACCUGCACAAGGAUAUCACUUAUCUGACCAACCUCGGCGCCGCCAAAUUCGAAAAGGGCGACUAUCAAGGAUGCAUUGAGGCCUGUGAGAAGGCCGUUGAGGAAGGCCGCGCCAUGCUCGCCGACUUCAAGAUCAUUGCCAAAGCCUUCGGGCGUAUUGGGUCUGCAUAUGAGAAAAUGGGUGACUUACCCAAAGCCCUCAUCAAUUAUCAAAAAUCUCUCACCGAGCAUCGCACACCAGACAUCUUGGCGAAGUUUAAGGCCGCCGAAAAGGCUCAGAUCAAAGCUGAAAGAGAUGCAUACGUCGACCCAGAAAAGGCAGAAGAAGCCCGCCUGCUGGGAGCCGAGAAAUUCAAGAACGGAGACUGGCCAGGCGCCGUGGAAGCCUAUACCGAACUCACCAAAAGAGCGCCGGACGACCCACGAGGCUACUCCAACCGGGCGGCUGCACUUAUCAAGCUCCUUGCCUUCCCAACUGCCAUUCAGGACUGUGAUGAGGCCAUCAAGCGCGACCCUAAAUUCAUUAAAGCCUAUCUCCGGAAAGCACAGGCAUUGUUUGGUAUGAAGGAAUACAAUAAGUGCCUGGAUGUAUGUCAGGAGGCCGCGGAGCAUGAUGAAGGCGGCAAGAACGCCAGAGAGAUUGAGCAGCAGCAGGCCAAGGCCCUGGAAGCAAUGUACGCUGCUCGCCAAGGGGAGACGGAAGAAGAAACAAGUGCGAGGAUUCAGAAGGAUCCCGAAAUAAUGCAAAUCCUUUCCGACCCUGUCAUGCAAUCUAUCUUGCAACAAGCCAAGUCCGACCCGGCGGCGCUAAACGAACACAUGAAGAACCCUGGCAUUCGGUCCAAGGUCCAAAAGUUGAUCGCUGCAGGUGUCAUCCGCAUGGGACGGUAG